AUUUGAGGGGGUAGGUAGGUAUGUCCCUGCCAAUUUCCACUUUCAAUAGAAUUUAGUUUCUGUUGCACAGCAAGCAUGUCGACUCCAUCAGGCGUGCUCAUCGCGGAUGAAUGCAUAGCCGCAUACAGAGAGCUGCUCUUCACGCGAGGGCCCCGCAAGCCCAAGUUCGUUCUGUAUAAGAUCUCCGACGACGAGCGGUCGAUCAUCGUGGACGAGCGGUCGUCCGAGACAAGCUACGAAGCGUUCCUUGGGAAGCUCGCCUCGGCGAUUGACGGGGAAGGCCACCAGGCACCUCGCUAUGCGGUCUACGAUGUGGAGUACGACUUGAAUGAGGAUGGUCGCAGAGCAACAACGGUGUUCAUAAGCUGGAUGCCGGAUGCCACGCCGAUGCGGCGCCGGAUGCUCUAUGCUUCGAGCAAAGAGCAGCUGCGAAGGGCCCUUGAUAUCAAGAUUUCGAUCCAUGCGGAUGAUGUCCAUGAUAUUGAGUGGAAGACGGUUCUGAAGGAGGCGAGCGGUGGUCGGCUCUGAGACUUUGGGUCGUUCAGGAUCUUGGUUCCAGGGGCGGAGUGCAGGACUUGAAAUUGGGAAGCUUGGUG